GCUUGGACAUUGUGACAGAAACAGUUGUGAAGUCAGUUCCCAAGAGAGCUCUGUAUUUUUCACUUCUCACUUAGAUCUAAACUUGGAAACUUUUCUCAGAAGUUAAGUGUCCUUUGACCUCCUCUCUUCUGAAUUGCAGAAACCAGACCAGAUUUUGGUAUUUGGUAAAAUGACUUCUUGUGUUGCUGAAGAACCUAUUAAAAAGAUUGCCAUCUUCGGAGGGACUCAUGGAAAUGAACUGACUGGAGUGUUUCUAGUUACUCACUGGCUAAAGAAUGGCGCUGAAGUUCACAGAGCAGGGCUGGAAGUGAAGCCAUUCAUUACCAACCCAAGAGCGGUGGAGAAGUGCACCAGAUACAUUGACUGUGACCUGAACCGUGUUUUUGACCUUGAAAAUCUUAGCAAAGAGAUGUCUGAAGAUUUGCCGUAUGAAGUGAGAAGGGCUCAAGAAAUAAAUCACUUAUUUGGUCCAAAAAAUAGUGAUGAUGCCUACGAUGUCGUUUUUGACCUUCAUAACACUACUUCUAACAUGGGUUGCACUCUUAUUCUUGAGGAUUCCAGGAAUGACUUUUUAAUCCAGAUGUUUCACUAUAUUAAGACCUGCAUGGCUCCAUUACCCUGCUCUGUUUACCUCAUCGAGCAUCCUUCCCUCAAAUAUGCAACCACUCGUUCCAUUGCCAAGUAUCCUGUUGGUAAAGAAUUUCCCCCCUGUGCUAUUGAUGUCUAUAAAAUAAUGGAGAAAGUUGAUUAUCCAAGGAACGAAAGUGGAGACGUGGCUGCUGUUAUCCAUCCUAAUCUGCAGGAUGCUCAUACCCCUUCCCUCCUCUCUAAAGCCACAGCAGUCAUGUAAACAGCAUUUUUAUCCCAUAAUUUGGACCCCAAAGAACCCACAUUUAUGGAUUCGGUGUAUCUGUCAAAAAUACUAACAUUGAUGCUGGACAGUGGCUUAGUUGGUGAAGUGCUCAUCAUACAAGUACAGGAACCUAACUCAGUCCCUGGCACCCAGGUAAGAUACCAGGCACAAUGAAGUGCAGCUACAAUGCCAAUGCAGGGGAGAUGAAGACAAGCAGCUUGUGGGGGCCUGCUAGCUAGCCAUAUAGCCAAAUCGGCUAGCUCAAGACUCAGAGACUCUAUCAAAACUUAGUGGAGAGUAAUUGAUGAUACUUAGCAUGGGCCUCUUAUCUCCACAAAUGUCCACACAGAUAUGAGCUCGUACACACAAAAAUAAUCAUAAUAAUGCAUUAACUGGAAUAGAUACAUAGAUACAGAUGUAGAUAGAAGUACUAAUAAAUGUCAGUGAUUCAUUGAGUGUCCAGUGUACACACAUAUACAUGCACACUCACAUGUACGGGCACACACACACACAUUAUUCAUCCAGACAUAAUCCCACUAAGCCAAUCUCACCCCAUAUACAUCUAUUUUGUGCCUUGCCAAAAUGAGUAAUUGAAAUAUAUUCUUCCUGCUGAAUGUCAUAGCUAACAUGUGACAUGUAAAUCAGCUUCUACAAGUGUUGCCUACCUCUCACUUAUUGUUCUGUUUUUUUCUUAUUUUUGGUAUCCACUUCCUCUGAGAACACAUUUAUUCUACCACUCUUUCUUGGCACAUUCUGGAAUGUAGAUACCAACAAAGACAAUGUCGUCAAGGUGGGAUGAGGGGGUGGGAAGACAAAGGGGCGACUGGUGAGAUGCAGAUUAAAAUGCUUUGUACACACAAUGAAAGCUGAGUUGCAUUUGGAAAGAGCCAAAGGAUAGAGCAAGACCAGUCUGGGAGGGGAACUCUCAGGAGAGCGAAAAUAAGCUUGAGUGAAAGCAUAUGGGAGUAAACAUCGAAGGACAUUGGGACAGAGAGAAAAGAAAAGAUGAGUGUGGAGGUUGUGGGGGAGGAGGGGCAGACCAUGAAGGGCCUUUUGUGUUAACCUUGAUGGAUGACAUGAGUAUUGGGCACCAGGCACUGAGCUAAGCUUGCAUUCAUUAGCAGCUUAAUCCUAACAGUGGUGCCUCCAGUCAGCAUUACUGUGUGUGAUCACCCUCCUUUAUAAAACGAGGGGCCUGGAUGGGUAUAUAGAUUGUUACAGGUUCAGUCAAAAUAAAGGUAGCCAAAAGCGAUAAAACCACACAGCGGUAUGUAUAGAUUAAAAUGAUAUUACAUGGAGCUGGAGAGGUGGCUCUAUAGUUAAGAGGAUUGGUUAUUCCAUUAGAGAACCUGGGUUCAGUUUCCAGCACCCACACAGUGCACACAAUGAUCUGUAAUUCCACCUCCAGGUUAUCUGAUACCCUUUUCUGACCUCUGAGGGCAUCAGGCACACAUGGUACACAGACAUACACAUAGCCAAAAUACCUGUACCCUGCCCUGCACCCCAAAAAAUGUACAGGCUGUUAAGAAGGUAAAGGUGCUUGUAGCCAUGACUGACAAUCAGAGUUUGAUCCCUGGCAUCCACAAGGUGGGAGGAAAGAACCCACUUCUGAACAUUGUCCUCUGACCUCCACAUAAGUGCUGUGGCUUACGCGCGCGCACACACACACACACACACACACACACACACACACACACUAAAUAAAUACAUGUAAUAAUUUUAAAAUUCACAUUUAAUUAAACAGCACCGACUCAGUAUAUCGUGACCAUAGACGAAUCACAUAUAAGUAGAAAUUCUGAAGACUAUAAAGAUUGAAUCAGUGUUGGGGAUUUAGCUCAGUGGUAGAGCGCGUGCCUAGCAAGCGCAAGGCCCUGGGUUCGGUCCCCAGCUCCGAAAAAAAGAACCAAAAAAAAAAAAAAAAGAUUGAAUCAAGAAAAAUUAGACUUGAUAGAAACAAUCAAAUCUGUAAACUGAAACCAUUGCAAUUUAAAAAUGUACAUUUUAACUUUUGUAAUUGAAAUGUGAUAGAAGAAGAAAAGUCUGUCUGGUGAGUGCCAGCCUAUCUGGAAGGCUUCCCCGAGGAGGAAUGGGCUGUUGAAAUCCCUUGGACAGACAUAGGGAGCCAUGGACAGCCCCUGUGCCAGAAAGAGGAGCAAGUGCGCAGAGGCAGAGAGAGAAACUCUGGAGGCUACAAUGAUAAAGGCCAUGGUGAUGGGAGGCGCAUGUCACAAGCAAGCCAUGGUUGCAGGACCAGGGCAUGUCUGAAAGGCCUUUGUAUAUCCCCUCAACAAAUAGCCUGAGGGAAAGCGGCUUCUGAGGGGACUCCCAAAGCUUUUUGAUAUUGCUACAUUCCCACCUAGCUUGUCUUCAGCAGGCUUGUCACGACCUGCAGAGAACACUACAUCACUUUACAUCUUCCGCCUUGAGAUGGCACAGAAAGCUGAUAGAGUUUUUAACCAGAUGGUGAUUCCUUAACAUGUACCAAGUCAGUGAGAGGUGAACUCACAUUCAGGGUGUCACAGUGCUCAGCACUCCUGUGGUGUUUCACAGUUCUUAGCACUUCUGGGGCUGGCGGUGGAUUUUACAACCCUUAGCACAAAAAGGAACUCCUGUAGAAGAUUCCAAUCAGGGCUGCCACACAGGCUUAGUAGGUUUCCCCACGUAUAACAUGAACAUGCUCCAUUCCCAUAUUCACAAAGUAAAGGGCACUGACCAAAAUGUUACAUCUUAUCAAACCAAAACAGAAGACUGACACUGCCUGAAUUUGGCCCAGGAAGAUAAUAGAAAUGGAGUCUAUGGGAGAUUGCUAUGUUACAAACUGGAAAAAAAUUACUAGAGCCACUGUAUCUAUUGAUAGGCUAAUUUAGUUCAAUGCAAACAUUCCUUUUUACUAAGUAAAUCUAUUAAGUAGAAAAAUUAACUUUCACCAUCAUGAAAUAGCCUAAGAAUUCACAAGCAGGGCUGGAGAGAUGGCUCAGCAGUUAAGAGCACUGACUCCCCUUCUAGAGGUCCUGAAUUCAAUUCCCAGCAACCACUUGGUGACUCAAAACCAUCUGUAAUGGGAUCCAAUGCCCUCUUCUGGUGUGUCUGAAGACAAUGACAAUAUACUCAUAUACAUAAAAUAAAUCUUUUUUUAAAAGGGCAAUUUCCCAGGAAUUUUUAAAAAAAAUAAUUCCCAAGGGAGUAGUAAUACUACUGCGUGGGUGUGGAUACAAGGAAAAUCAUACGUUUGAUGAUCAAAACUUGAAAGUGUCCCUAUUUGAUGGUUUCCAUCUUCACUGCCAGCUUGGAGACUAAACCAGCCUCAGACAUGGAGAGGGAAGUAACAAAGAGUCAUAGUGAUAGUUUUGAGAUGGCUACUGGAAAAUAGAACCAGACAACUGAUGAAUUUUAAAAUUUUCUAAUGAUUUAUUUUUAUUUUAUGUGCACUGAUGUUUUGUCUGCAUGUAUAUCUGUGACAGAUCCUCUGGAACUGGAGUUACAGACAGGUGUGAGCCACCAUGUGGUUGCUGGGAAUUGAACCCAGGUUCCCUGGAAGAGCAGUCAGUGCUCUUAACCCCUGAGCCAUCUCUCCAGCCCAAGAUAAAUCUUUUUAAAAAUAAAACAAAGCUGCCAAAUAGGCAACUAAAAUAGGAAUCAGGUGUGCAUGCACAUUGACACACACAGCAUGCUCGCCCACCACCCCAUCAGGAUCCAGGAGAAAUGCUUCAGAUCCAACAUCAAUCUUCCUUUUACCCAUUCCUGUUACGAAACACUCUAGGAUUUCUAAUUGGUUUUCAUAUUCAUACAAUGCAAAGACAGAAACAUGGUCAUAACAUGACAAAAUAAAUAUUUAUUAGAAAUCAAAACAGUAUUUCUUCAAUGAGACCAAAGUAGUCUUACUCUUUAUGAUUUCUUGAGCAUGUAGUUUCACACAAACAACACUAAAAACAAGUCUAUAAAUUAAGUUAUACAAGGAUCAGGUACAUCCCAUGAGAAUAAGACAAUAACUCUGUGUUUGGAACCAAAAUCACAGUAAAUAUAAAAUAACACGUAAAUCAAUGCAGAAGUCAAAUAUGACUUACAGACUCUGGUGAGAGCCUGUCUCCCUGUGGCUCACCCAGAGCAAAAGGAAGGAAAGGAACCUCAAUAAUACUGCACUCUCUUGGCAGAUGCCUAAGAGCUCAAUGGCUUCACAGUACAACUUUCACUCCUUCCCCCCACACCAGGAAGGAAGUAAGCACCGGUGUUAUCCCAGACAGACAUGUGACAUCAUGUCUAGAAUACAGAACUCUUCCUGGGGAAAUGUUUAUCUAAAACAGGGUUUGCAGCUACUGCCUGAGCAUGCUCAGUCCCAUCCCCAGAAAACCUCUUCCCCCUAAACUACUGGAAUGUAAAGCAUGGAGUUUUAAGAUGUCCUGUUAGGCCCACAGAGUCAGUGGUGUGUGUGUGUGUGUGUGUGUGUGUGUGUGUGUGUGUGUGUGUGUGUGUGUGUGUGUGUGUGCUAUUUUUGUUGUUAUUGUGUGGCUUUAGGCACAUUUGACCUUUAGACUUGUUAUUGGGUUGUACGAACAAUGCUAACUUCCAAGACACGAGAGAGAGACAGAGAGAGGGGGUCGGGGAGGAGAGAGAGAAGAGAGAGAACUAGCCCCUCAAUGUGGCAACUACAAAAAGACUCAAUGAUAAAAGCUGCAAAAGGAUCCCUGUGGCUCAGAAAUCAGAACAUCCUAGCAUCUCCUACUCUGACAUGACUUAGAACAAGUCAUGUUCAUUCCAGAGCCUGAGUCUCCACAUAUAUAAUGAGGGAUUUGGUCCUUUUGAAUAGGACACCAUUUGUUGAGAUGCCUUUUCCUUGCUUUGAUGAACUUUCUUAGCUUGACAUUCUGGGCUUGAAGCCUUCAUUGGGGGAGAGGGUCCCACAUUUAGAUGAAUAGCAAGUUUAGAAAUUAGUUUGCCAACAAACUCCACCCAGAUCCACCAAAAGCAGAUCUCCACAACAUGUGAGAAGCUGGUUAUUUCUAUCUGCCCAACGUGACACGCCUUCCAUUCAAGUGGGAAAUGCAAAGCUAUGUGGCUUUAUCUCCUGACUUCCAAGGCAGCACGAAGCUGGAACGCCAGCUCCCUAGAACCAGUGGUUGCCCUUUAAACAGGACCUUCUGUUCAGGUAACUCAAGGAGACUCCAGCUAUGGAAUACUGGCUUGUAGAAUGUCUAGGAACCUUAAGAUUCACCUAACUGCUUUCUUCAGCUUCUUCCCCAACAAGUGCUCACCCCAUUUCUUGAAUACUUAAAACUCCCGAAGCAGCUGUCUACUGAACUGAACCAAAAUCUCAAUCCAGUUUUCUGACUAUUUCUGCCCAUCCUUCCCAUGAUGUCCCCCUCAGGUUCUUGCUUUUCCAAAAACACAUGCUUUGUCAUCUUCCCCUACUUGAGUGUGAUCUUUGAGCAAUGUAGACUCUAGAAGGUUGAGCAGGUAGUGGCUGCUGCAGACUGGGCAGCCGUCCAUGCUGUACCAUCCACCAUCUCCCCUGACCUGGCCAUUCAGGAUGAAAUGACCAACUUUUCACCUGUCCAGCUAAGCUGGUACUUGGAACCUUCUAGAAUGGAGAAACCUGCCAGAGUGAACUGCUUUGUCUGGUCUCUAGACUGAUUAGCUCACCAAUUGCCAAGUUUACUAAAGUCCCAACUUAUGUCCACCCUCUUUAACAUUAAAAAAAAAUCUUCAUAAUCAUCUAUGAUUCCAUCUCAAACCUUUCCACAUGAAUCCUAUCACUAAAUAACAGAAGAGUGCAGGCUGGGGUUGGGAGGAACAUUUCAGUUCUAGCCACUGGAGAAAUUCUCCAAUCUCUACCUCUACACCCCAAACUGACUCUGAAAUUUCAAGGAGAAAAAAAAAAAACUUAGGCUGAGGAUAAGAAGUCAGCCCUAAGUUUGACAGAUAUCCUUUCCUCAGAAGCCUUCUACUACAGUUUCAGUAUUCACAGUUAACAAAAACAUACGAAACACUGGCGCGUGCUAGUCAUCUCUCAGUUUUAAAACCCUCUCAGCAGAUCAGCUGCUAUUUUCAUCUCAGAUAAAGUGAGGCCAGCACUGGAUGGGACUGAAAGAAGAUGGACACCAAACCUUUUCCCUAGAUCACAGCCUGUCUCCCUCAGGCUUUGUGUGCAUGAGGAAAAUUUUAUUGUCCUGACCCUGACCAUCCUGAGGCCUAGUAUAUAAUACUUACAUUCAGUCCAAAAGCCCAAAAUCUAUUUCUUAGCUUUUAAAGUUGCCUACUUCAUCUGAAGUAAUUUUCAUUCAAAAGUGAAAUGGCUUUUCUGAACUAAAAAUAAAAAUUUUGUGUCAGUUACACUGUUAAAACAUCUCUCUGUUGGAGAUAGGUUUAGCCUUGGGUUUCAGUCCAAGGAUGGAGUCCAGCUUCCUGCUCGAUGGAGACUCAAUAAGGGUAUUCCCCAUAGCUCAUUCCCUUAUUCCCCAGGUAGAUCAACUUAGCUCAGAUCUUCUAGACAUGCUAGGACAGGAUCCCCCACAAAUCACAGUCGUGGAGGCAAAGGAAGAGCUGGCCCUAACAACAGAACAUAGUAGAGAGAAGACUGCUCUCCCCACUCCUCCGACCCCAGCUCCGUCUUCCCCAGCACAUGCGUCUUGGAGCCAAGCCAACCUGCAGGUACCUCACCUGGGGCAUCAGGAGACUUCCAGACUCAGAACUGCUGGCCAUGGAUUUCUACUGACCUCUGGAGUCACAAAACCCAAGGAGCCUUCCUUUCAGAUCGUGACUGCUGCCCUUCAGCAGCCACCAGCCACUGUGAGGAGUGUUUUGCUUCUAGUCUAGCACUCUGCAUAGCACUUCAGCGCCGGGGCUUGGCCUGCAGCAUCAGACCACAGUGUUCACAUCAGCCUUCAGCCAUGCGUCUACACUGAUGUUUCUGGAAAUUCAUCUAAUUCAUCAAAUGCAUAGAGGGUGGUUUUGCUAUUGCUCCUGGAAGAAUCUUGAAUUUUGUUUGAAUCUGCUGU